AUUCCUCCAACUCCAAGUUCAGCCACCCAAAAUUUGAGCCAAAAUGGAUAACCAAAAUAACCCAAAACAACUUUCUCAAGUUGCAGUGGUGAUGAUACCACUUCCAGCACAAAGCCAUCUCAACCAACUCCUUCAUCUCUCUCAAGUCAUUACCUCCAAUGGAAUACAAGUCCACUUUGCUGGAUCGGCGAGCCACAAUCGCCAAGCAAAGCUCCGUCUCCAUGGUUGGGACAAACAAAGUUUAGCUAAAAUCACUUUCCAGGACUUCCAACUCCCUCCUUAUGAAACCUCACCUCCUGUUCCUUCAAACAUCGGCCAUGCUAUUCCUUUUCCAACACAUUUUUAUCCCCUUUUCGAAGCUGCUACGCAUCUUCAUGAACCUGUUUCUCAACUCUUACAGCAACUCUCAACUAUGUUCAGGAGAAUCAUUGUUAUUCAUGAUAUAAUGAUGGCUUCUGUGGUCCAAGAUGUAAAAUCCAUCCCAAAUGCUGAGUCCUACAGUUUGCUUCCCAUUUCUUCUUUUUCCUAUUUCUUAAGUGUCUGGAAAAGAAUAGCUGACAAACCUUUUCAGUUAGAUUUAGAAGAUAUCCCAAAUUGCAUUCCCUCCAGUGAAGGGUUCACUACACCAGAGAUUGAUAGAUUUGUUGCUAAGCAAUUCGAAUAUUUGGGAAUAGAGUCCGGAAUUAUCUACAACACUUCAAGAGCAAUAGAAGGCAGAUAUGUCGAACUGUUGGAGAAGUUAUCAUCAAAUUCUGAGAAAAAACAUUUUGUACUUGGACCUUUUAAUCCAGUGGAAUUGAAAAACGAUAGUGGAUCACAGAGACAUCAAUGCUUAGAAUGGCUGGAUGAACAAGAGAAAGAUUCUGUGAUAUACAUAUCUUUUGGAUCAUCAACAUCACUGAGCUACGAGCAAAUCAUGGAAUUGGCAAUAGGGUUGGAAAGGAGCGGGCAGAAGUUUGUUUGGGUACUUAGAAACUCGGAUACAGGUAACAUCUUUGCAGAAGGUGAAGUAAGGAGGCCUCAACUACCCGAAGGAUUUGAAGACAGAAUGAAAAACAGAGGAAUCGUGGUAAGAGACUGGGCACCCCAGCUAGAAAUUCUAGCCCAUCCGUCAACAGGUGGAUUCAUGAGCCACUGCGGGUGGAACUCAAUCAUUGAGAGUAUCAGCAUGGGGGUGCCCCUCGCGGCAUGGCCUAUGCACUCUGAGCAGCCUAUGAACGCUCUAUUGGUAACAGAUGUUUUAAAAGCAGGUACAUUAGUGAGGGAUUGGGAACAGCGUGCUCAGUUAGUAACAUCAACCACGAUAGAGAAUGCUGUCAAAACAUUGAUGGCUACGAAGGAAGGAGAAAAAAUGAGAGAAAGAGCUGUAAAACUGGGUGAAGCUGUUCAAGAAUCACUUGCUAAAGGUGGGGCAACUCAGUUAGAAAUGGAUUCUUUCAUUGCUCAUAUUACAAGAUGACCUAUCUAUGAAUAAACUUACAUUGCUUGAUAGGUUUCAAUUCACAUUAGUACUCUUUAAGGAAAUUGUAUCAAUUUUUUCAUGCAAUAACUUUCUCGUGUUUCUAGGGAACUUUACUUCGAUUGUAAGAUCUGAAACUAAAAUGAGAAAUUCAGUGUUGUAGCCUCAAAAUAAAAUGAGAAAGCCAAUUUUACAA